GAGAGAGGAGGGGAGGGGAGGGGGUGUGGCCAUGAAGGCAGCAGAUACUCAAGCCGAGUGUGAAUGCGUUCCUCCAAAAGUGCAGGCGGUCCGGUCCGGUGUGGUCCGCUCAACCAUCUUCUUAAUGGCUGAAAAUGCUUUUUUCCAGGGGCGCUUGGAACUCAUUCAGCAAGUGCGGAGGACCACGAGUUGCGUUUGACGCGUGGCAAGUGCGCGUGAAAGUUGCGUGAGAUGUCUCGCGGCGGCCAAGAUGACCUACGCCGGGCUCGGAGAUAGCGCCGUGACACCGCUCGCCCUCCGCUCGCCGUCCACAUGGCGCCAAUCGAGCGCCUGUGCGCGACCGUUGCCGCCGCCAACUGGCUCUGCUCGCUGCUCUUCUGCCAGGCAGGAAAUUUGCUUUUCUGGCAGUGGCGUGCCACGCCAAGACGCACUCCCACGCCGAGGACGAGCUCUUCAAGAGGCUGUUUGCUGGCUACAACAAGUGGUCCAGACCGGUUCCCAACAUCUCCGACGUGGUCAUCGUCAAGUUUGGACUGUCCAUCGCGCAGCUCAUCGACGUGGACGAGAAGAACCAAAUGAUGACGACCAAUGUUUGGCUCAAGCAGGAGUGGAAUGACUACAAACUUCGCUGGCAGCCGUCAGAUUAUGACAACGUGACCUCCAUCCGAGUGCCGUCACAGCUCAUAUGGGUCCCGGAUAUCGUCCUCUAUAAUAACGCCGACGGCGAGUUCGCCGUGACCCACAUGACCAAGGCGCACCUGUUCCACACGGGGGCCGUGCGCUGGGUACCUCCGGCCAUCUACAAGAGCUCGUGCAGCAUCGACGUCACCUUCUUCCCGUUCGACCAGCAGAACUGCAAGAUGAAGUUCGGCUCGUGGACCUACGACAAGGCCAAGAUCGACCUGGAGCGCCUGGAGACCUCGGUGGAUCUCAACAACUACUGGGAGAGCGGCGAGUGGGCCAUCGUCAACGCGGUGGGCACCUACAACACCAAGAAGUACGACUGCUGCCACGAGAUCUACCCGGACAUCACCUACUUCUUCAUCAUCCGUCGCCUGCCGCUCUUCUACACCAUCAACCUGCUCAUCCCCUGCCUGCUCAUCUCCUGCCUGACCGUGCUGGUCUUCUACCUGCCGUCCGACUGCGGCGAGAAGAUCACGCUGUGCAUCUCGGUGCUGCUCUCGCUCACCGUCUUCCUGCUGCUCAUCACCGAGAUCAUCCCGUCCACCUCGCUGGUCAUCCCGCUCAUCGGCGAGUACCUGCUCUUCACCAUGAUCUUCGUCACGCUCUCCAUCGUCAUCACCGUCUUUGUGCUCAACGUGCACCACCGCUCGCCCAACACGCACAAGAUGCCGCGCUGGGUGCACGCCGUCUUUCUGGACCUGGUGCCCAGGUGGCUGUUCAUGAGGAGGCCGGCGCCCAACGCCAGGCGCCGUAGGCUGCUGAUGGAGAGGCGCCGGGGCCCAGCGGCUCCCGGGCCCAGCGUCAGCACCUCGGCCACCUGGGGCCGAGAUGCUUCCUCCCGCUCGCUGGAGGAUCUGGAGUUGGGCACUCUGGCGUCCUACGUCUCCUUCCGCCCGCCCUCGCCGCAGCGGCCCGAGACGCCGCAGCGGAGCGCCAGGCAGCCGCCGCCCCCGGCUCGGACCUCCACCAUCAAGCGGAGCGCCAGAGGGGAAGCCCCCCCGGCGGACUUCCCGCUCUCGCCGAGCCUCAUCCACGCCCUGGAAGGCGUGCACUACGUCGCCGACCACCUGAGGGCCGAGGACGCCGACUUCAGCGUGAAAGAAGACUGGAAAUAUGUGGCCAUGGUGAUCGACCGCAUCUUCCUGUGGAUGUUCAUCAUCGUGUGCCUCCUGGGCACCGUCGGCCUCUUCCUGCCUCCUUGGCUCGCAGGCAUGAUUUAGACUUUGACUUCUUUUCCACUCCCCAACCAUGGCUAGCAUGAACGUGUGCCAUAUUGGAUGCUAGCAUGUGGGCUAUGGUGAAUGUUGCGUUCAGCAAAUGUCAAAUUGGUUCAUUCCAAGUACGUUUCAUAUAUUUAUUAUUGGGGUCACAGCGAGAGGUGCGAGUUAGUCGGGACACGACUUUUUUUCUUGAACUACUUUAUUAUCUAUACCGCUACCGUUGUGUCCUCGGUGGCGUCAAAGUAUGUUCUACAUUAUAUCUCAAAUCAAAGUGUCGACGAGGCUCUCGUUAUUAAAAAUCCUAAAAUGUAUUUGGUGAGGAGAGGCCUCCAUUUUGUUGGACGACAACACACACACACACACGAGCGUAUGGGAGGGACAUAUGUACAGAUGAGCGAGGAGAUAAUUUAAAGGUUGCGGCGCUGAGUCAGGGCUGGACGGGCUUGGCCAGGUUGGCCCGCACUCGGGCCUGGUCCACGGCGUCCAGCAUGUUCUUGCUGUCCACUGCCAGGUUGUGGGCCGCCGCCAGCAUCUGCUUGCGGCACUCGUCCCGCAGCGACGUGAUGGCGUUCUGCUGCGCCAGACGCAUUUUGCUGAUUAGCUCGGCCAUGUCGUUGUUGAGCAGCUUCUGGGUGCCUUCGAUCUGGGCGGGGUACAACUCAAAGUGAGAUCCCAGCGGCUCGACAUAAGGGAAAGGGGAGAGCUACCUCGGUGCGCACAGACUCGUGGAGAGUGGGCAGGAUGUCGUCCACGCUACUGAUCAGUUCUCUUAAGGCCAUCCCCACCGACUGCGCGUUGACAAAUUGCUUGUCAUGAUGAUUUUCAAAUAUGGCAUUUAGGAACGAGGGCUUGCGUCACCUGCACGACCGUGAUGAACUGCUCAGGCUGCAUGUCCACAACGUCGUUCUUGAGUUGCACCACCACUUUGACCACGUUCAUCACGCACGGGUAAACCUUGUCGUCGGAACGGUCCAGUUCGGCGGUGGGCGCCGGCUGAUUUGGAAACAAAACCCAUCAGCGGGAAAUUCAACUCAAGCUGCCAUUCAGCGUGAUCAUGGUCACAACCUGCGCCGUGAGCCGAGGAGGCUUUGAUGGCGGGCCUGGAAAACACGAGAUUCAAUUAUCCUCAAUGCAGACGUAUUACAAUUUCUCCUUUACUCACCAUUUUCAACAUGUGCUUCAUCUGGCUACAAAAGACGACAAAAAGGACUUCAUGAGGACAACAUCAAACUAGCUAAAGUGAAGACAAGGCCUACCAUCUGUGCUGGGCCUUCUUCUGGUCCCAU